AUGCCUAUCUUCCACGUCUCCGCCUCCAACCCGGGCCUGUACGCAGACUUGGAUCAAAUGCAAUUUGACCAUGCCAUUCGAAAUGGCAAGAUGGUGAUGGUCGGAGGGAUUGACUGGGAGGGCGGACAACCCUGGGUCGAGUCAACAUUGAAAAAUGCAGGCUUCCAGUACGCCACCGUGUACUGGCCAGUAUCCGGAGAUCCCAUGAUAGCAGUGGCUUUCAACCGACAUGGAGCAGCUGUGACAGCCAUCGCCGCUUUUCAUGAAAGCAUCCACGAAAGCGACGGAGAUAAAUUUCUACUCACUGCUCGGUUCCAUCCGAAUGUCUACACCACCCAAGUAUACCAAGAAACUGGCGAAAGCCAGCGAGUCUCUGGCACUUUCGGCCCCUCCCACGCCAAAGAGCGUUUGCGAAGCACCAAGAGCUAA